UAAGUAUCGGUUGGCCUCGUGACGUGUCUGAGGUUCUGCGGUCGAGCGGUCGAGCCAUCUCCUCAACUGCGCUCCACACAUGCGCCAUGUCAGUCAACAACAGAAUGCGCGCGCAAGCGAACCGUAAUGUAACCAGUACAUUUUUUACCAUAUCUACCGGCACCAACCAUCACACUAGUAUUGAUCGGGCCUUCGUCGCGAUACGGCGUCUCGAAAAUGAGAUUCUAAUAUUAUCAGGCUCUGCCAUUUUGCGAUCAAAUACAUUCGGUGUGAUCCCUUAGACUGCAAUUAUGGAGGUGUUUGUUGAGUGAUUGAUGUGAUUUGGAUAAGUGCCAAUAUGUCUAAGAUUCCCAUCGAUAAAAAUGGAAAGUUGAGAUCAUUUGAGCUUCGAGGAAUUUUUGCCAGCAAUCCUUCAAGAAUAACACGUACCGAGUCUUUGGAUCGUGAUGAGAUAAAAAAAGCAACGAGCUUUACAGAUACAUCCUUCACCGAUGUAUCACAAAAAAAUACAACAGAUAAAUCAUUUUGUAAAACUUAUGCCUCAUUUAUACCGAAAAUGAGCUUAAAUUUAGAGAAAGUAGUAGAACAAAACCCCCGAAUUCUAGAUUUACGAGAAAAAUUGAAUGCAAUAACAAAAAAGCAAGAUCGAAAUGUUGAUAAAAAAACGAAAGGUAUACUUAACGAUAUAACACAAAAGUUAGUGGACGAGAAAGAUCAAGAUGAAUCCGGACCCUAUAGCUUACUAUUUGAUCUCAAAACAGAUGCAUCAACAUCAUGUCAGAAUAAAUCAGAAAACACUUGGAGUCAAACUAAAGGAGGCUACAAUCAGAGUGUAAACCUCAAUAAUAUGAAAGAUAAAAGUCCAGAUCGCAUUGGAGUUAAUGUUCUUAAUUUCGAUGAUAAACCCCUGAAGGAAUUUGAAUACUCAUGUGAAAGUGAAGUAAAUUUUCCUACGAAAAAGGUGUUUAAUACUCAUUCAAGGUCAGAUCUGUGCUUGCAAUUGAAAUCACACAUGUAUCCACGUUCUUUUGAAACAAAUCUCAGUCCAAAUGAUCAUUCCACAAGUAGAACAAAUGAAGAGAAUUCUCUCGAUGACAGCUUAGGCAUCUUAACCCCAGAUCAAAUGGACGAUAUUUGUUAUUUGGAGAAUGCAUUUUCGCCAACAGUGGAGGGACUUCCAAUAUUUUGUGAUAGUAAUGGGUGUAACAAAACGUCACCCGAUAAUGGUGAUUCACCAUCAACUGAUAAGACUGAAAGUAGUUCGGCAGCUUCUACAAUACAAAACGAUGGAUUUGAAAAUAUCGAUAGUAAUAAAAAUACACUAUCACACGAAUCGGCCACAAAUGUUUGCAAAACGUAUAUUAAAAGUUUAGGUUCCUUUGAUAAUCAGUCAGAAAAUAAUGAUGAUCAAAUUUGUCGUCACAAAGCAGAAGUUUCUGAGGAACAUUCGGAUUCUCAUCAUUUACUAGAUAUUACUUUUGAAAACGAAAAUAAUACUUCAAAUCUAGUCGAUGAAGAGUUUAUGCCUUCGAUUCACAGUAGCAUUUUAGAACCCGUCAGUUCUAUGGCAGAUCAUAUAAUUAAUUUAGAGAUUCGAUUGGAUUGCAAACAAGACAGUAGUAUAAUUGUAAGUAGAAUUGAACAGACACCCUCUCCAGAAGAUUUACCAUUAGAUAACUCAGAUAUAAAUGGUGAAAUAAGUUUGUUUUCUCAGUUGUCUGCUUCAACGUUACAUGAUUCUCAGACUUACUCUGAUAGUAAAAAUGACUAUUCUAAGUCUAUGGAGACAUCAAAGGUUUCUAACAGCUUUAUAACAAGUAUCACCAGCAUCACAAGUUUAGAUGGAUAUCAAGGUGAUGGAGAAAUGUCAAGGCCUGUAAGUAGGGGCGCUGAUAAUUCUAUGGAACAACGUGAAGAUGCCCUGGAAAUGAAUUGGCAAAAUGUUCCCGUGACCAGAAGAGCAGAUCCUAUGACUGACUCAGACUUUUUUACGGAAAGCGAUGCUGAUGGUUUAGAUGACCAAAUGCAAAGAGGCGAUCGAAAAGCUCAAGUGAUCGAUGGUGCACUUUAUGGAGGCAAAAAUGGCGGAAACCCACCACUUAUUGUAAAUAGAAAUGACGAUUCAUGUAUGGAAUCUAGUGGCGUAUAUACAGAUUUCGAAAAUCAAAGAGCUUCACCAGUAUAUCUAAAUGUUAUUGAUGAUAUGUCUCCUGCGGGAUCUACACCAUCAACUCGUUCAGAAUGCAGUCAAAAAAAUAAUAGUACAGGAAAUAUAAAUGCAUAUUUUACUGCGUUGGAUAAUCCCUUAGAUGACCCCAAAAUAAAUUUGAAUGCUGUAACAAAAGAUGUAACAACCACUAAAACUACAAGCAAAAGAAAUUCUUUAAAUAAUGAAAAAGACAUAAGAAGUGGCGAUAAAUGUAAAGAAGAAAAGCGAAGUUUCACUCUGAAAAAGUACAAAAUGCCCAAACGUGAUGUGCCAAGCAAACUGAAAAGUAUGCUGGCUAAUAAAAAGACUGAUGUUGAUGUUAGUGUACAAGGUAGCCCCAAAACCGUUAAAAAAAUAGACAGGAGAGAGACUUUGGCAAAGAAAAAUUCAUUGGAAAUGAAGACCGAUUAUAAAACGAAAUCUUUCAAAGACAUUAAAUCUAAAGUGGAUUGUUCUUAUUCAUUACAACGAUCACAGACUGCAUGUAGUGUUAGUAGGAUGCUAAGCUCUAAAUCUACGAACAACAACAUUAAACCAAAAAGCCGUCACAUGCGCAUGCGCAUGGACUUGGGUUCGGCAGCUGGCAGCGGCAAGAGUAGCCUGCACAGCUCACAAAGCGACAUCAGCGCCUCCAGCACGCCUCUUGGGAAACAUGCUACGAGCCGAUUUCCUCUAAGAAACGGCAAGAAACGUGAAAGCGGCACAGCGCCCACGCCCCGCCCACCGCUCACCCCUCCGCAGUCGCAACCCCCACCUGCUCAGGCCAAGAAAAAUGGCGUGGUGCAGAAGCUUACAGCAUCCCCUGUGGCAGUUCGUUCUCGAAACUCCCUGGCGCCGCCGCCGUCCCCCCGAAAACCGCCUUCUCAUCGGGCACCAGCUCAGCGGCCUACUACCUUACCCACAAAUAAAGAGCCACCACGGGUGGCGACGGCGAUUGGAUCGCGGGGGAAGCGCGUGCAAACGCCGCAACAAACGCGCGCGCCACCAGUAACGCUACCCACCGCUCCCCUCCCCACCCCGCCCCGCGAGCAAGCGGUUGCGCUCGCACACGCCGCUAAAGGCGUCGAGGCAUUGGGCGUUUUAGUGCAAUAUUUAGUGUUUCGCUUGGAUGCUUUAAAUGGCGGGACAUGGCGAAUAGAGGCAGAAAAAUGGCGAGAAGUUGCGGCAGCGGAGAGAACCAGUGCUGCCCGCGCCGACAGAGAUCGCCAGCAAAGGGCACAGAAGGACUUAGACACCAUCGCAGAAUGCCUGAGCAAGAUCUCAGAGCUGGAAAUGGAAGUGUCCUCGAAAGAGGAGGCCAACGCUCGUCUUCAAGAAGCACACGUGCAACAGCUCACAGUGCUGGCGAACGAUAUCAAGGGGCUGAAGGACACAAUUGAAACCCUAAAACGUGAAGUGGCUGAAAGUAGAGCGCGCUUGCACGCGCACAGUGAAAUCGAGCGAACAUUGCGAGCGCAAUUAGAAGCGGCGCGAGUAGAAAGCGAGCGUAGCAAGCUGCCUACGGCCGAUUCAUCGGGCGACCAGUCGUGCGACAAGUCAUGCGACAUGUGCGACGCGGCGUGCGACCCCGUCCAGUGUGAGGUGGAGGAUUGUGUGCUGCGAGUCUCUGCCAAUGAGGAACUGAGCACAGAUGCCAACGAAUUGGCAGCUGAGGUACGAUCUCUCCGAGCCGUCAUAGAACUAAAACAGGCCGAAAUGGCUUCCCUCCGCGAUGCCCGCUCAGAGUUGGCGGUGGAGCGUGAAAGGCGCGCGGCGGCCGAACGUGACGUCCGUGCCGCAAAACACGCCGCCGAGGAACUGAAGGAGCGGGCGGCGGCCCGGCAGAGGGACGUCGACAGGCUACGGGAUGAUAACCGCCGCCUCAGGGAAGUGGCCGCCCGAGACCGGGACCACGCCACCAGACUGGCGGCGCUCAACGAGGAGCUCAGAUACAAAUUGCGGCAGAAGUCUCAGGUGGUAUCGCUGCUAGCUGGCGGCGGCUACAUCGAGCGCACUCCGCUGCGGACGCGCACGUCGUCGGCCGAUUCUGUACGGUCUGCGUCCCCGCCCCCCGACUCCCCGCCAUCCCCCGCCGCCUCUCCCGCGCCCGGCACACCUCCCCUCCCCGCUGUCAAAGGAGUUGUAGAGAAACACGACUCCGUCAGCUGGGUGCUGGAGAUCGAAGAGACCCCAGAAGAAGUUGCGUCAAGACUAGCGCGGCGAUCAUCGUUCCGCGCGGCGUCUUCACCGAGCGGCGUGAAGCGUCGCGGCGGCGGCUCCCCCGGCAGCGGCUCCCCCGCGCCCGCCUCCCCCGCACCAAAUGCCUCCAAACUCUUCCGCCCCGGCGACCUCGACUUCCCUCCACCACCACCCCCACUCAAGGAAUCCGCCGGAGAAGCCAUCUAUAUUUACGACGAUCGCCAGUACUGAAUGAAAUAAAGAAUCUAAUUCGUGAAUUACUAGUCUCGUACUCGUGGAACGGAAUAUCACACUCGCAACUCGACAGACGUGACAAUCUACUCGAGUGCGACUCGGAAGGUGAUUUUCAACUGAUUUGAUAUUCUUGCCUGAUGUAUAUUGCAUGUCUCAGUCAUAGAUUUAAAUAAAAAUGGGACCCGAAGUGAAUGUUUGCAAUGUAGCAUAAAAAGUUGCUAUUUGUAACUGAAUAUUAUUUGAGAAUGUAACCGAUGGUGUAGAUUUCUUAAACUUCGUAAGAUAAACCAAUAUGAUUCACAUUAAGAAGGGCCAUAACACAAGCGCCUAAAAAUGCGUCAGUACUAAAUGAACGCGAUAUUACUUUGAGAUAAAACACGGCACUAUUAGAUUUUGUAUGCCGUCGUUAAGUUGAUUUUUCUGCAUACCAACAUAUACUGGUUCAAUAUUUAAUCAUUGUUCAAAGAAAAUUUAUAGCUUGCAGUGAUAUAAUGUUAUUCAACUAUGAUAUUACUUUGUAGAUAUAGUGUUAAGUACCUACCACUGUUACACACUUAACUUAUUUCAUAGUUUUCUGUGUGUAACGAUUUUUGGCAGUCGAGUUAACUUAAGAAAUAAGGUAAAUGAGUAGCUGCCUUCUAGUAUUUUGUAAGUAUGCUUUUCUCAAAAUUUCCUAGCCUUGAAAAUAUGUGUAUAAUUUGGCUAUAAUUUGAAGGAAAGUGUUUUAUGUACCUGUCAGUUGCACCAAUGAAUAGAAUAAUAACUUUCUUUUUAAUUAAUAAAUCACAUAGAUUUUAUUUAAGUGGCAGACAUAUAAUUGCCUACUGGAUCGUUGCCUUAUAAUUAAUUUAACCUGCAUUAUGCCUAACCUGCGAGAAGUAUCUAUACCGGGACUGAUUUGCAUUUUAUGGUUAAUAUCCUUUUUUGACCUUUUACUUCUUCUCAUUCUUCUGUCUUUAUUCUUUCUACAAAUCCGUUCCAUUUUUGUUUUGUUUCUAUUAUUGGUGCAAUUAUUCUUGUUUCUGGUUGUUAUUUAUAUUAAAAAAACAUUAAAUUAAAGAGAUCAUGUGAAAAGCCGGCUGCAAGGUUGUUAUUCAUUAGCAAUAAAGUGAUCCUUAAAUGUUUAUGUCGUUUUGUAUCCACUAUCGUAUAAUUAUAUCUUAAUUAUUAUAGUUUAUCGUGGUUGUUGGCACUGUAUUAUUUUUUAUGUACAAAUAACAAUUUUAAUAAUGGAAAAAAAUAACUUAGAUUUAAGUGAAAUCUUGUCAUGAAAGACAGGACAUUGUUUUUGCAAUUAGAGUUUGACGCUGAUUAUUAAGGGGUGAUGAAUGCUUUUGCAACGUGUUUUUCGAAUUAACUAUUUUUAUUUUCUUGUCUAAAUAUUCUAUCUCAGUCAAACCAAAGAGUCAUUAAAACUCUUUGCUACGUUCCUUAAUUUUGCUUAGCAAACAAAUAUUUUGCAUGCGUUCUACACAGUGAUUCAGGUGAAGUUUGAUUUUUUUAUUUAUUUUUUAAGUUAAAGGAUAAUAAUAUUACCAUUCCAAAUUAAGAAAUGUAAGCGAUAAUAAUUAUUACUUAAUGCGAAGGAUAUUAAUAUAAAAUAAAAUAGUAUGUUACAGUAAAA